GCACAGACCUACUGAGAUGGAUCUGCAUGGGGCAAGAUGGAAAUUGUCCGUCAGUGUGGUGCUGCUGCUGCUGCUCACACUCUACCACAGCCCUGCUGAUGCUGUCAGCUUGAAGAAAAGGAUGGCUGUUUGUCUGAAGGACAACGACUAUGAUAAUCUGCUGGAUACUGUGAUGAAUGGCCUCCCGCACAUAAACACACCUCAUCAUGUUGUUAUUGUGGGAGCUGGCAUGGCUGGAUUGACGGCUGCCAAGCUGCUGCAAGACGCAGGACACAAGGUAACCAUAAUAGAGUCUAGUGGUCGUGUUGGAGGACGGGUGGAGACCUACAGGAAUGAAGAAGAGGGCUGGUAUGCUGACCUGGGAGCCAUGAGGAUCCCAAGUACUCACCAAAUCAUCCGUCGGUUUGCUGAAAAGCUAAAGGUCAAGCUGAAUGAAUUCAUCAUGGAUGACCCCCACACCUUUUACUUCGUUAAUGAGUUGCGUGUGGAGUCAGAAAUAGUGAAAAGUAACCCUGACAUUCUGAAUUACAACGUGAUGCCAAGUGAGAAGGGGAAGUCAGCCGACGAACUGUUAGAAAAAGCUUUGAAGAAGGUGAAAGAUGACAUGAUUGAUGACUGCGAGGCUGCGCUGAAAAAAUAUGACAAGUACACUGUGAAGGAGUAUCUGAAAGAAGAAGGAGAUCUGAGUUCAGAAGCAAUAAGGAUGAUUGGAGACCUUCUUAAUACAAAUAGCCUUAUGCACACAGCGUUGACAGAGACGAUCUAUCACCAGGCUGACAUCAAUGACGACAUUAGGUACGACGAAGUGACUGGUGGAUCAGACCUUCUCCCGAAAGCUUUUCUUAAUGUCCUGGAUGUUCCUAUUCUCCUCAACUCCAAGGUCAAACGCAUCAGCCAGUCAAAUAAAGGUGUAGUAGUCUCGUACCAGACAGGACAACAGUCCUCUUUGACAGAUCUUUCCGCUGACGUUGUCCUGGUAACAACCACAGCCAAAGCAGCCCUCUUCAUUGACUUUGAUCCACCUCUCUCCAUCAAAAAGAUGGAGGCACUGAGGGCAGUCCACUAUGACAGCUCCACUAAAAUCAUCCUCACCUUCAGCGAGAAGUUCUGGGAGAAGGAUGGCAUCCGAGGUGGAAAGAGCAUCACCGACUGGCCAUCCCGUUUCAUCUACUACCCCAGCCACAGUUUCCCAACCAAUGAGAAGAUUGGCGUCCUCCUGGCCUCCUACACCUGGUCUGACGAUUCCCUCCUCUUCUUAGGUUUGAGCGAUGAAGACUUGAAAGAGCUGGCUCUGAGAGAUUUGGCAAAGAUCCACGGUGAGGAGGUCAAAUCUCUCUGCACAGGGGUGGUGGUGAAGAGGUGGAGCGCGGAUCCUCACAGCUUGGGUGCCUUCGCUCUCUUCACACCCUACCAACAUUUAGAGUACUCUGAAGAGCUCUUCAGACGUGAAGGCAGGGUGCAUUUUGCAGGUGAACACACAGCCUUCCCUCACGCUUGGAUCGAGACAUCUAUGAAAUCUGCGAUCAGGGCUGCUACCAACAUUUACAAAGAUGCAGCUAGAAUGCAACACCAUGUUGAGCUCUAGGGUCUACUUUCUAGGUCAAACAAUACUAUCAUAGUAAUGAAAUGUCUGUGUCAAAUUUUAAAAUUACACAGAAGUGUAGCCCUUACGCUUGGUGAUUGCAUUCCUUCCUUAGGAGUAAGGCUCAUUGCGAUUGUCCUUACACCAUGCAGUUCUAAUAUGCAUCAAACUGGUAGAUUUUUGGCAGUUACUGAUGGCUUGUUAGACAAAAGUAUAAUCUGAUAUCAUUCAUUUCCAAAAGAGCUUUUGCAAUAACUGUCUCUAAAAAUCAAUAGUACGUGCACCACUAACCUUGCUUCAACCUUGAUGUUUGUUGUGUUCUUUCUUAUUUCACUGUUUGGCUGCAAUGUCAAAGCCUGGCACACUUCCUGGGGGCCUGGUUUUUACUCGCAAGUUAACUAGCAGUUUUAAAUUUAAUUAUAUGGAUUAUAGCCUAUAUUUCUUUUAACAACAAAACGUUUUUUAUAUUUUUUAUUUUUGUUUUAAUAUGCUUUUUGAGUGUUUAAUUCUUUUUGGUCAAAAUUUGUAUUGUUGGUUGUUAAACAUUUAAUCAUUAACAGCGCUUUAAUUAACUUAAAAACUGUAUGUGCAUCAGGAUUUCUAACAUUUUCAGAAGGCAUUCAGUCAAGAUACAAUCAUUGGCAAAACACAGGUUAUCUUCAAAAACCAAACCACAACAAAUGGCGCCCAUUUUGGAAUAUUUUAUUUUGGUGAUUGUAUAUAGCAAUUGUCCAUUACAGUGAACAUCAUUGACACAUGGUAAAUACAGAGAAU